UCUUGAAGCUCUUACUGCUCUCUUCAUGUUGCGUACUACGCCCCUUGUUGAUAAAAAACGACAGUAAUCAGCUGUACAAUUAAAACCUUUCUUUUAAUACAUAGAGAAAUAAGGAGCCAGGACGCUUUAUUUAAAAGCUGUUGUAGCUGGCCAAAACCAUGCAAAAGUAUGAGAAGUUGGAGAAGAUAGGAGAGGGUACCUAUGGGACCGUUUUCAAGGCUAAAAACAGAGAAACACACGAGAUUGUGGCCCUCAAACGAGUGAGACUGGAUGAUGACGAUGAGGGGGUUCCCAGUUCAGCGUUACGAGAAAUAUGCCUCCUGAAAGAACUGAAGCAUAAAAACAUUGUAAGGUUGCAUGACGUCCUUCACAGUGAUAAGAAGCUGACGUUAGUGUUUGAGUAUUGUGAUCAGGAUUUAAAGAAAUACUUUGACAGCUGUAAUGGUGACUUAGAUCCAGAGAUUGUCAAGUCCUUUAUGUACCAGUUAUUGAAGGGUCUUGCCUUCUGCCACAGCAGAAAUGUUCUCCACCGAGACCUUAAACCACAAAAUCUGCUCAUCAACAGAAACGGCGAACUGAAGUUAGCUGACUUUGGCUUGGCCAGAGCUUUUGGAAUACCUGUACGCUGUUACUCUGCUGAGGUGGUGACGUUGUGGUACAGGCCUCCAGAUGUGCUGUUUGGUGCUAAGUUAUACUCUACCUCUAUUGACAUGUGGUCUGCAGGGUGUAUAUUUGCAGAAUUGGCAAAUGCAGGACGGCCAUUAUUUCCUGGUAAUGAUGUGGACGACCAGCUGAAGAGGAUCUUUAGGUUGCUGGGCACGGACACAGAAGAACAGUGGCAGACUAUGAAUAAACUUCCAGAUUAUAAGCCUUACCCGAUGUACCCAGCUACUACAUCACUUGUGAAUGUCGUCCCGAAACUCAGCAGCACUGGCAGAGACCUACUACAGAAUCUUCUGAAAUGCAAUCCGGUUCAGCGAAUUUCAGCAGAGGAAGCCCUACAGCACCCUUACUUUGCCGAUUUCUGCCCUCCCUAGAUGUCAGAUCCGCUCGACAUCAUUUAGGAACACAGAUGGGCCAGUCUUACCUCGUGAAACCCCUUCAACACCUCCAGCGUUCAGUUCUCUUUCAGUUCGAGAUCGGAGUACAACUGUUAUAGUGGGAUAGAGGGAUGCUCAAAACACUCCUCCCUCUACAUAUUUAUGAUUUCCUAAUAGCGAUACGAUUAUGACCGUGACUCUAAUGCAGAGUGUGGUGCUGUUGUCCUGCGUAAACCAUGUAUUCGACUAGCGUCUCCAAAAGUAUUUUUAAUAAAUUAGUAUGGAAUUUAAAGUGUGGAAACACGUUUUCGCCAGAUACAAAAAAAACAAACAAAAACGUUAUUGCGACUUUUUAUCUCACGAUUAAGAAUCGUGAGAUAUACAUUUUUACAAGCUAAAAAUGGCUUGACUUUAUAUUUCGCAAUUCUCACUUUAUAACUUGUAAUUGCGAGUUUGUAUCACACAACGUUGAGAAAAAAGUGAAUUGUGAGAUUAAAAAGUUGCGAUAAUUUAUUUCUUUUUUGGUGGCGGAAACAGGCUUCCAAAUAAAAAGGGUAGUUUACCCAAAAAUAAAAAUCCUGUCAUCUACUAACCCUGAAAUUUGUUUCAAACCUCUAUAUAUUUCGAUAUUUUGAAGUAUGUUGGUAACACACUUGACGGUAGCCAUUGACUUACAUGGUAUUUUUUUCAGGGUAAGGGUAAGCAGGCAGAAUUAACAUUUUUGGGUGUACUGUCUCUUUAAAGGAACAGUUCACUUAAAAAUUACACUUCUGCAUGUAUUUCGCAUAAAUUUCAUGAAUUUCAGCAUACAGGUGAAACGACUUGAGGGUGAGUAAAUGUUGACCCGAUUUAAAUUUUUGAGUGAACUAUUGCUUAAACUUUAAACAUGCUGAUUAUCACUCGUAGUCACCAAAAUUUCAGUAGUCCUGGCCCUACACGAUUCAUUUAGUUGCCAAAUGUGCUUCAUAGAUCUUUUAAUGGUUUACAAAAUGCUGCCGUGAAGACUACUAAAAGCAGCAGUUUCUUUUUUCUUUUCUUUUUUGUUUGUCAAAGAUCAACUGAACAGUAUAAUUUAAUAAGGUACAGCGCACAUACUUGAUUCAGCUUUCUACAAUAUGUAGUAUUUAAAAAAACAAAAAAAAUCCACUUAAGUUUUGUGUUGUACAUUCAGCACGGGUAUGGAUAAAAGAGUAGAGUUGUGCGACUGUCAUUUUGCCAUUUUGUAUGAAUGAGAUUUUAGCGGUGAUUUUAAGCAAUUCUGUAACUGUUUUCCCUUUCAAAUCUUGUAGUAUUGCAAAUUAACUUUUUCAAUAGAAUGCACUGCUUGGAGAGUUUCUGUUCACAUAGCUUCACUCUCCGCCUCGAAAUGAAAGGUUGCUCAUGCUCACCCUCCGGCUGUCCAAGAUGCAGUCGGGUUUGUUUUUUCACCGGAACGGAUUUGGAUAAAUUUGCUCACCGAUGGUUCCUCUGUAGUGAACGGGUGCCGUCAGAAUGAGAGAGCUGAUAAAAAAAACAAAAACAUCACAAGUAAUCCAAAUAAUUUGUAUUCGUCAAGACAUUUUUAACUUCAAACCGUUGUUUCCAGCUAAAACUCUCUCGUUCUGACGGCACCCAUUGACUCCAUUAGUUAGCGAGUGAGGUAACGCUACAUUUGUCCAAAUCUGUUCCCGUGAAGAAACACGCUAACCUACAUCAUGGAUGGCCUGAGAGUGUAUAAAUUAUCAGAAAGUUUUAGGGGUGGACUAUUACUUAAAAAUAAAAAAAUGAUAUAGUGGACCACAAGAUUUGCCUUCAACAGUCUGAGCAAUACCUAUGUGUUAAAAGAACAAUGUUUUCGUAAGGCCUCUUAUCUGAAGCGUUCAUAUUUCAGUGCAUGCCAGUGUUGUCGUUACACUACAUGUUAUGUUGCACAUGUGUACCUUACUGAAGAGUCGGGUCUGAUGGCCCUGAGGUCCGUGAAACAUAGGAUAAGGCUUCAAUUCACCCUCAUUUUGCUUUGCAUUUCCCAUCAGCUGUGGUAGAUAUGCGUUGUUAGAAAACAUAAGCGACAUUACAAAUUUCAGGCCUUUUGUUGUGGUUAUUAUGUUAUGGAUUUAAAGUAGGCUGAAUAUAUUUAUCUGAAACCUGUUUAGAUUGUAUUGAGAUAGUGAGUGGUUGUAUUUUUUUUUUUUUUUUUUUUUUUUUAAUCACUGUGUGAAAAAACUUUUAUUUAUUCAUAUAGGCUUCAAAUUAGAUUGACUUGGAGGCUCGGUAAGGGACCAUUCCUGACAUAUUUGGAUCUUUCGUGACAAAUCUAACAUUCUGUUUAAAUACUAAAAUGUUUUUUUAAAUAUAUAUAUAUAUUAUUUGUUACAAAAAUAUAAGUUGCUAUAGUGCAUAAAGGACAUCGGCAACAGGAAAUGUGUGAAAACAACCUGCUUGUUAUGUUUCGAGAAUGUAGCAGAACUCCAAACCUCCAUCAAGUUAUCACUGUUUGUGUUUUUCAUGGUGUACUUUGAUUUUCUGCAAACCAUAUGUAAAAAAAUAAUAAUAAUUGUUUGAAGAAUUCCGCACCAGAUUAUUAAAAAUGUUUUCUUUAAACAAAAA